AUGGAACGCCUCUGGCCUAGUAUCGUCGAGUCGUACAGUCCACAAUCCAUUGAAUUCGUGGGCACGCUUGUUGUGCAAGUCCUCUCCUUCUGGAGUCCCUCGCUCAUCUACCUCCUAUUGGAUGUGGCAUGGCCAUCAUUUUCCCAGAGACACAAAAUACAGCCAGCGCCGAAACAGCCAACCCGGCGUGAGAUCUGGAAAUGUUUCGUGGUCGUCGCUCAGAAUCAGUUGAUUAGUUCGGUCCUGCACCUCCUCCAGAUCCACGUCCUUAGACGAGGUGUUCCAUCGUACCGAGUUGAAUCCUCUCUCCCUGCAUUCCCAGAACUUAUUCGGGAUUUAUUCAUCAGUCUCCUCAUGAGGGAAGCUCUCUUCUACUAUGGCCAUCGAUUCCUCCAUCAGCCGUAUUUCUAUGUCCGCAUUCACAAGCGCCAUCACCAAUUCACUGCACCUAUCGCGCUCGCAGCGCAGUACGCCCAUCCUAUUGAGCAGAUCUUCGCAAAUGCGCUUCCAAUCACACUCCCGCCACAACUUCUCGGAAGCCAUGUGUUGACUUUCUGGCUUUACUUGGCCUACGAGCUCUUCAACACCGCAACUGUCCAUAGUGGGUAUGACUUUUUCCACAACAAGGCCAAAAUGCAUGACUUGCAUCAUGAGAAGUUUAAUUUGAACUACGGUUCGAUUGGUCUUCUGGACUGGUUUCAUGGGACUGACACGCUCGAGAAACGCCGGAAGGAUUGA